AUGUAAACAAGCAGCACUAAAUGGCAGCACGUGCAAAAUGGCUGAUAUUGAGUUGACUUUUGAAAAAAAAAUUCAUUUAUUUGCAUUUGCUUGCAAAACACUUUUAAGCAAAGAUGCAUCAUGUUCUUCUACUUGAACCUUUUUAUGGGGGUUCUCAUAAACAACUGAUUGAUUAUUUGGUCGAAAUUUUACAUGCAAAAGAUAUAGAAGUCACCAAAAUCACAAUGACUGAUAAAAAGUGGCACUGGAGAUUAAGGACUAGUGCAUUAUAUUUUGCAGAACACAUUCCUAAAGAGAGGGUUUUUAGCUGUAUUUUUGUCUCAUCAGUAAUUAACUUGGCAGAGUUGAUUGGUUUGCGACCAGACUUAAUCAAAGCAUUUAAAAUUUUAUACUUUCAUGAGAAUCAACUUAUUUAUCCUGUUCGAAAACAACAAGAUAGGGACUUUCAAUAUGGCUAUAAUCAAAUAGUUUCAACUUUGUCUGCAGAUGUGAUUCUUUUUAAUUCUUUAUAUAAUAUGGAAUCAUUUCUUGUUAAUUUGAACAGUUUUUUAAAGUUAAUGCCUGAUUAUCGCCCCAAAUUUCUACCAGAAAAAAUCAAACCAAAGUGUGCUGUGCUCUACUUUCCUUUAAAAUUAUCUUUACUCCCUGUGAAUUGCAAACCAUCUAGUGGUGCUUUGCACAUAACUUGGCCGCACAGAUGGGAACAUGAUAAAAAUCCUCAGGAAUUUUUUCAAGUGUUGUUUGAUCUUAUUGAUUGUGGGCUAAAUUUUAAAGUGUCUGUGCUGGGUCAGUGCUACUCCGAAGUUCCUGAUUGUUUUAACGAAGCUUACAUAAAAUUAUCCAAUCAUAUUGCUAAUUGGGGUUUUCAAAAAUCAAAGGAAAGUUAUAUGGAAAUACUUAGAGAAACAGAUGUUGUGAUAUCUACAGCAAGCCAUGAAUUUUUUGGUGUUUCAAUGUUGGAAGCUGUUUCUGUUGGUUGUUAUCCAUUGUGUCCAAAUCGACUUGUUUAUCCAGAGUUUUUUCCUGAGUGUUAUCUUUAUAAUACAAAACAACAACUGUUUAAAAAGCUUAAACAAUUUUGCAAAAGACCAGAUUUAGUAAGGAAUCAUCAAAGUAAGUUUGAGCAUACUAUUAUGUGGAUAAUACUCGGUAAUACUCGAUAGUAUCUCGGUAAUGCAGUUGUUGUAUAUUUAUCUCUUACUAUUAUUACAGUGUGUUCAGAAACUUUACAAAGAUUGAAAAUUUUGUAAAAUUUUUUGAUAUCUAGAUGAUAUAAUAUAAAUAUAUAAUAUUUGAUAUGUUGAUAUAAAACUGUUACGUAAACUAAGUUAUUUUGUAGAGAAAAUCAAGAUUAUUAGUAAAAAAGAAUAUGUAUAGUUAAACUUUGCGCCUUAAAACAUACAAAAUACGUUUAAAACAUUACGUUUUCUUUCUUAUUGCUAAUUUUUCUACUUGCUUUGGUUUUGUAUUUUUUUUGCUUCUUUAGUAUAUUUUGUUAUUUCUUUUGUGCAAGUUUUAAACUUUUUGUUUUUAUGUUUUUUAAUUUUGUUUUCUUAUUUUUAAAAUUUGAUUUUUAGUUCCCAGUGGGCAUGCGUCGUCCUACGUCCGUAGGACGUCUUACGGAUGUCUGGACAUCCGUGGUUCUUCCAACGGACGUUCCUCGAACGACGCAUGCCCACUGGGUUAUUGCUAAUUUAUUUUAAUAUCGUUUCAUUUGUGCCAUUUUUGAAUAUAAAAUUUUUAAAGUUAUUUUAUGAACUCUUUUUUAUAUUAGAUUUGUUCAUCCACUUUAGGUAAAUCUUUUGCAAUUUGACAGCAAUCGGCUGCGUGAUGAAUAUCUAUGUUAUUUACUUAAAGAAAAUAACUAAUUUUUUACAAUA